GAAGUGCACACAUACGGCAAGUGCUUCUCUGCCACUGAAAACUUGCAAAGAGCCACAACCGCCAUAUAUAGCUCGCCAUUUAUCUCGGUGAAGGACGACUGCUUCUCUUAAUUAUUCUUCCACGAAUAUGUCCCCUUGGUCUCUAGGCAAAAUACCUUGUGCUGUGGUGGUUGAGGUCACAACCUUUUGUUUUGUUUUGUUUUGUUUAUACUUUUUCCAGAAGAUCACGAGUUUGUGCCCCGUCUCCUACCUUAAAUGGAAGACAUUAUAGUUUCUUGUGCACGCCCCUCGUUUCUCCCUUCAUCUAUACCUCAUCCUCGACCCUUUCUACCCAUUUCCAUGGAGAAUGCAGGAGCAUGUUCUUUUCUCUGCCGAUCUACAGAGUUGCAUUUCCCAUCAAUCAUGCUGACAUAGUUUGAAAUCCAUCACCGCUUGCCAAGCAAAGGCGGAAACGAGCACGGGCCGGUGCUGUUCACCACCCCCAGCUGCUGCUGGCCUUUAGCUUUCGGGAAGAUCGAUGGAAACCCAGGAAGGUGACGCGCAUAGCUCCGAAUCCGAUGCCCCCAAAGUGAAAGAGAAAGGUGGAUUCGUCGCCCUGCCGUUCAUCAUAGCAAAUGAAAUGUUGGAGAAAGUCGCGGGAUUCGGGCUCAACACCAACAUGAUCAUGUACCUCACCAAGCAGUAUCACCUGAGCAAUGUGACCGCCGGAGCGAUGCUCUUCGUGUGGGCUGCGGCAGCUAAUUUUGCACCCAUUCCCGGCGCGUUGAUAGCCGAUAUGUACAUAGGCCGGUUCAUGGCCAUCUCCUUAGGCUCAGUUGCAUGCCUAACAGGGAUUGUUUUCCUAUGGCUGAGCGCCAUGAUACACGGAGCACGGCCGGCACCGUGCGGUGCUGGCAUUGUCCCGGAGCAGUGCAUGCCCCCCGGGCCGAGGCACCUUGCCUGGCUGAUAGCCGGCUUCACGUUCCUGUCCAUCGGCGCUGGAGGCAUUCGGCCAUGCUCCAUGGCAUUUGGUGCGGAUCAGUUCUCCAGGCAUCCCAAGGAGAAGAGAGCGAGGAUCCUACAGGCCUACUUCAACGCCUACUAUGCGUCCAUCGGAGUGGCCUUCACGGUUGCCGUCACCGUCAUCGUCUAUGUGCAGGACAACGUCGGGUGGAAGGCCGGGUUCGCGGUUCCAAUGGGGCUCAUGAUGCUCUCCGCGGUGAGUUUUCUCUUGGGCUCCCGCCUCUACAUCAAGGAGAAGGGAUCCAGGCAAAUGUUUUCCGGGAUAGGUGCCGCCUUCACGGCGGCCAUCAAGAACCGUAGGGUGCGGUUGCCGGUGAAGACCGAAGACGGCGUGUACUAUCAUCUCAAGGACUGCAAGCUCACUGUCCCCACGGACAAGUUGAGGUUCUUGAACAAGGCGUGCAUGAUCAGCAACAGUGAGGAGGCCUUGCCCGCUCACAGUGACGUGGCGGCGUCAGAGUGCAGGGGGCUAUGCACGGUGGACCAGGUGGAGCAGCUCAAGUCGGCGAUUCGAAUCCUGCCGAUCUGGUCAUCCACCGUCUUCCUCGCGCAGGCCAUGAGCCAGAACUACGCUGUGCUGCAGGCCAACGAGAUGGACCGUCGCGUCGGCGUGGGUCGGUUCCAUGUGCCGGGCUGUUCCCUCACCAUGUUCAACAUGGUCACCAUGUCGCUAUGGUCGGGCAGCUACGACAGGUGGAUCGCACCGGUGCUGCAGCGCAUCACAGGCAACCCACGCGGGCUCACCAUGAAGCAGCGCAUCGGCGCCGGCCUGGUGCUCGCCACUGCAGGGAUGGUCGUGUCCGCGGCGGUGGAGGGUGCGCGGCGCAGGCUGGCGCUGUCGGGCGGAGGGGGCACCAUGUCGGCGUUUUGGCUGGUGCCGCAGUUCGCGCUCAUGGGGCUCGCGGAAGCGUUCGGUGUGAUCGGGGAGCUGGAGUUCUUCUACACCGAGCUGCCCAAGAGCAUGGCCAGCUUUAGCAUGGCGCUGCUCUACAUGGCCAUGGGUGUUGGCAACCUGGUUAACAGUCUGAUCGUCAAGGUGGUCCACGAGGCGAGCAGGCAUGGAGGAAGGACGAGCUGGCUCUCCAGUGAUCUGAACCUGGGGCACUACGACUACUACUACUGGUUGCUCGCCUGUUUGGGCGCUCUGAACUUUGUAUACUUCCUCUGCUGCGGCUGGGCAUAUGGCGAGGAGGGGAAAAACGUGGAGUGGGAAGAGGAGGCUGAGACAGAACGGCCUAUGGCAUAGUUUUGUAGUGUUUGAGCUUUUGGUGUCUCCCUGUCAGAGGCCGUUUAUAACGUUGUACUAGUAGGUUGCUGGGGGCGGUUCUCUCAACAUGUUUAGGACCAUGAGGGUGGUCAUCAAUCCUGAUUCCUGAAUCAGUGGACAGUGGCUAAAAGUUUGCGUUUUCCAAUGUCUAUCGAAUCUGGGCAACUCUGCCGUUUCUAAGCGACCACCGAUGUCUAUGGUCAGUGUUUCUUUAAUCUUCAGGAGAUACUUUGCAUU